UGAGUGCGGGGUUACGCUGUAACGUUUGACCUACCAAUAAUGUUAACUCUUUACAAUUACGAUCUUCACAUUUUACAUGAUCCUGCCAUUAUGGAACUUGUAAUGGUGGUUUCAGGAAAUACAAUGUUGUUAAGACAUUGACGAUAGUUUGAGAGCUAGACAUUAAACCCGGACUUUUGAAAUGCUUGAACCAGGUGUAUGUGGCUUUGACGUCACCUCCCAGCAUGCACUGCGGCCGCUGUGAGCAGUAGCUGGGAGCUCGAGCUCGUUACCAGAGAGCCGCGGCGGCAACAGGAGACGGAGAGUAAAACACUAGUUCCACUCCAUGUGACAUAUAGUGAACCUUUAAGCACACAGACAUCACUUUAAUAUGUAGCUCGGGGUUUCUGCAUACUCCUAUCGAGGCUUUUGAGUGUCUUUGAAUCACCCAGUUUUCAUUUUGGAGGAUUCCUCCCCCGUCCGCCGUAUCGUACCGAACAGGCAAUGACAACGGCUUCAGCAACUCCGCAGCAGAUGAGAGACCGGCUGCUUGAGGCCAUCGAUAGCCACAGCAAUAUUCACAACAUGGUGGCUGUAUUAGAAGUAAUCACCUAUUUGGAGAAGUACCCCAUUACCAAAGAAGCACUUGAGGAGACGCGGCUGGGGAAGCUGAUCAACGACGUGAGGAAGUGUAGCGGAGAUGAGGACCUGGCGCGCCGUGCCAAGAAGCUGCUGCGCAGCUGGCAGAGGCUGAUCCAGCCAGGGGCGGAGCCAGCCCGGGGGGGAGGAGCCUCCACACCCUCCACAGCCAAUGGCGGGGCUCACCCCUGCCGGACAGAAGUCCCUCCUCCCGUGUCACUGACAGGAAGGGGUGUGUCGCUGGCAGGAAGGGGCGGGCCGGAGGUGCGACUCCGACAUGACGUCCACAACACCUACUCCCCGAAGGCGGAGAAAUCGAGCCGUAAGCGUCGGGGCGCCUCGCCUCCUGCCAAGCUGCCCAGGACCCUCGAGCACCACUCCUCCUCGCCACUGACCAAUGGGGUCGCCAGGAGCCCCGGGGCUCCGCCUGAGGGGGCUCCGCCUGAGCGGGCCUGGACGGAACCACAGCUUGACCAGGACAAGCACAGCAGGAUCCCAGUGAACGCUGUGAAGCCGCGCCCCAGCUCCCCCAGCAGCCCGUGGGCCCCUGGUGCCCUGGCGCUGCCGACAGCUGCACUGGACGAGGGGGUUGAUGCCUACCAGACAGUGGGCGGGGCCUGCCAGACAGGGGGCGGGGCCUGCCAAACAGGGGGCAGGGCCUAUCAGGCCCGUAGCCCGCGCUGCCUCUCCUCCAGCCCCCGCAGUGCAAGACAGGAGACUCUUUCUAAACGCUCUCUAACCAACACCCCCCGAGGCCCAAGCCCCUCCCAGCCCUCAGCCUCCCCUGCCAGGGUGCCCUGUGUGGAGGGGCCCCCCUCGGCCCCCACGCACACACACUGGUCCAGUUCCUUAGACAAUAACUCCCCUUACAGCACCACCACACUGGACCCCCCCUCUGUCUCCCUGUCCCCCACUUCCUCACACACGCCUGAUGGCUGUCCGCCCCUCCGCCCCUCGCCCCCCCCCCCCUCCUCUGGGAGCCCUGCCCCCUCAGACAGGAAGCGGAGGAGGAAGUACCGCUCCAGAGACUACUCUGUGAACCUGGGGGGCCAGAACACAGACGCCACCAAGCCUGUCAGGCUAAAGGAACGCAGGAUCACCUUUGACCCUGUGACGGGACAGAUCAAGCCCAUGGUGCACAGAGAGCCCUCCCACUCAGAUGUGCCCCCCAGCCCGCCCCCCCCUGAACUCCAGCCCAGGACAGAGAGGACCCUGCAUCCCCCUGCCCCCGCCCCCUCUCCGACCCCCAGCACCUUCCAACACACAAACUGGAAGGAGCUUUCCCGUAACGAGAUCAUCCGGUCAUACCUGAGCCUCCAGAGCAGCGUCCUCACCUCCUCCGGGGCUCCCAGCACUCAAUCCCUCCUGUCUGGCUGCCUUCGUCAGGAGGACAGCCAGGCCCGGGAGGGCAGGAAGACCCACGUGCUGCAGACCACCGGCUCGGCCUCUGGGUGGGAGGGGGGGGAGGUGAAGGGGGAGGAGGUGAGCAGGGUACACACGCAGCACUGGCCCGGGGUCAACGGCUGCUACGACACUCAAGAGGUCUGGUACGACUGGACGCAGUGCAUCUCCCUGGACCCCCACGGGGACGAGAGCAGACUCCACAUCCUGCCCUACGUCUGCCUGGACUGAGACGGGGACGAGAGCAGACUCCACAUCCUGCCCUACGUCUGCCUGGACUGAGACGGGGACGAGAGCAGACUCCACAUCCUGCCCUACGUCUGCCUGGACUGAGACGGGGACGAGAGCAGACUCCACAUCCUGCCCUACGUCUGCCUGGACUGAGACGGGGACGAGAGCAGACUCCACAUCCUGCCCUACGUCUGCCUGGACUGAGACGGGGGCACUGGCCUGGCCUGGACAGGUUUGAUCUGCCUAAUCUAGCCUGACCCUGGCCAGAGUGUCUGAACGGGCCUGGGAGGAGAGGAGGAGAUGAAGAGGAACUGUGUUGUUGUCAAACAAGGGCUGUUUCUGUUGUGAUGAGGCACCCGGUUUGCAGAGUGCUGCUACUAGUGAAUGGGGGGUGGGCUUACCGCAGUUACAAGAAGCUUUAUGUGAGAUAAAGAAUAAAUUAUAAGUUCUUA